CCGAAAUAUCUAGCCUCGCGCAGUGCCUCGCGACGUGACGUGCCGCGACGUGUGUCAAAGUUGGUUCAAAUUCACGAGCGUGCUCAUCAUGCCAUUGUAUCAGUUUCCAUUGAAGAGUGAUUGUUUAUUCACUCGACGGUGACUGAUUUAGAGCCUGAUGUUGCGAACGUUGCUCUUAUUGUGGUGUCCUAUCAUCAUCAGGCAGUUUUAAACUUCCUAAAGAAUAUGGCAGACAACAUUGCAAUGGAAGUCGAUGGUUCUCAGAAUGUGAAGUCUUCAGUCAUGCAUGCACCGUCAUCUUCGUCAUCAUUCUGUGAUUCAUCUCCUUCUGGCAGUUCUUCCCCCGCAUGCUCUAGUUUAACAAAGUCCACAAAACCAUGGGCAACACCGUCUGCCAGUUUGAUGGUGAUUCCAAACUCUUCUAUUCAACCAGUAAACCCACUCAGUUCGGAAUCUGGUCUCACUUUAACAUUACAGAAUGUUGUAUCCACAGUGAGCUUAGGCUGUGAAUUAGAUUUGAAGAAAAUAAAUUUUCGAACAAGGAACACUGAAUAUAACCCACAACGUUUUUCUGGUGUUGUGAUGAGAAUCCUAGAGCCUCGAACAACUGCUUUAAUAUUUAAAUCUGGCAAAGUUGUGUGCACUGGAGCUAGGAAUGAACAGGCCUCGAGUUUAGCAACUAGAAAAUUUGCUAGAAUUGUUCAAAGAAUAGGAUUUCCUGUGAAAUAUCUGGACUUCAAAAUACAGAAUAUUGUUGCCACAUGUGACCUUAGAUUUCCUAUAAGACUGGAAGACUUGAACCAAAAACACACCCAGUUCAGCUGUUAUGAACCAGAACUGUUUCCCGGUCUAAUCUACAGAAUGGUUAAACCUCGUGUUGUCUUAUUGAUCUUUGUCAACGGAAAGGUUGUUUUCACCGGAGCCAAGAAUCGCCAGGAUUUAGAAGAUGCUUUGGAGGCAAUCCACCCAAUAUUAAAGAGCUUCCGGAAGCAAUAAAAUUAUUUUUAAGGCGAUUUGUGAUUUUAGCUUUAAAAUGAGUAGGUCAAGGGAACUUUUUGCAAUUGGUGGCACAUUGAAUCUAUGUUUCAAUAUUGUCUCAUGUCAUUUACUUCUUUAAAACAUCAAAUCUAUUUGUUUCAACUUUUAUAUCAGUUUUUCUUAAAACCUUUUAUCAUUUUGAUGUUUUGAUCCUGAUCGUUGUGUAGGCCUGUGAGCCCGGUGAAAUUGUAGCAGGUUUUUAUUUAUUUAGUUGUGUGGCAAUGCUAUUUUUCUUGUGUGUUUGUGCAUAUUUUUUGUGUUGGUUGUGUCCAUUCAUAUAUUAUUUAUAUCAUUAUCUCUAACAUCAUCUUGUAAAUUACACGGUCCUCUGUAAAUGUAUUGUUAAUUAUAUUUGAAUGUGUGAUAAGACUGUGAGGGUGGUACCGAAUAUAAAGGUAUGGUAGAGUUGUACUAAUUUGUUAUUUUGUUGUAUGUGUAUGACACACGUUAAAUUUUCAGAUUAGAUUUAAUCUUUAUCAUCAUUUUCUGUGCUGAUUCGUUGGCAUUUUUGUAUUCUGAUACUGGAUUGAGUUUACGAAACUGAUUUGAAGUAUCAAUAGAUCUCAUAUUUGCUUUUUGAAAGCUGAAGUUUGCAAUAAUGUUUGCUGUUUUGUGAACUAUUUUUUUGUAAAAUUGACCAUCUUUGAAAACAAAGCUAUAACUUUGUCAAAGAGAGUUUAUGUUAAUGCUUUUGGUUUCAACAUUUUGUUUAGCUACACUUAAUUGUUCAUUGUUUUUUGUACUGUAAUUGCACAUCCGAACAAAGAUAUAGCAUAGUUAGGGGUUGAAUCUGUUCCUACAGUGUGAUGAAAUGGAGCAUAAUUUAAAAUAAUAUUCUAGUAUUUGAAAUAUAUCACCUUUAUAGAAGA